AUGACUCUUUCAAACAAGGAGUCUGGCGAUUCAGCUAGCACUUAUGCAUAUGAGGCACAGGAGACCUCUUCGAGAUGGCGGUCCUUCAAGGAUUCCUUCAAGGCUGCUGACACCGUCACCGCCGAUGAUUUUUCAGACAACGAAUUGGACGUUGUGCAAAGAGCAAACCAGAACGCUAAGAACUCUCAGCUCUCCAGAAGAUUAAAGAAUAGACACCUACAAAUGAUAGCCAUUGGUGGAUCCAUUGGCACCGGUUUGUUCGUCGGGUCUGGGUCCGCUUUGGCCACAGGUGGUCCAGGCGGUAUAGUAUUGGCUUGGGUGAUCACUGCUACUUCUAUCUACACCACGAUGCAAGGUUUAGGUGAGCUCAGUACCGCAUUUCCGAUCAGUGGAGGCUUCAACAUAUACGCUACAAGGUUUCUUGAGCCUGCAAUAGGCUUCGCAGUAGGUUGGAAUUACUUCAUGCAAUUCUUUGUCUUGCUUCCGUUGGAAUUGGUGGCUGCUUCCAUCUCCAUUAAGUACUGGAACUCCGAGCUAAACCCUGAUAUAUUUGUUGCCAUUUUCUGGGUCGUGGUAUUCCUUAUCACGAUGAUGGGUGUUCGCUGGUAUGGAGAAGCCGAGUUUAUUUUCUGCUUGAUCAAGGUUGUUACCGUCAUUGGAUUCAUCAUUUUGGGAGUUGUGCUUAUUUGUGGCGGUGGGCCUACCAAGGACUUUGUUGGUGGAAGAUACUGGAGGCAUCCAGGUGCCUUCGCUCACGGCUUCAAAGGUGUCUGUUCCGUGUUCGUCACUGCCGCAUUCUCCUUCGGUGGAACUGAAAUGAUCAGUUUGGGAGCUGCUGAGGCCGCCAAUCCAAGUAAGGCUAUCCCGCAGGCUAUCAAGCAGGUUUUUUACAGAAUCAUUAUUUUUUACUUCGGGACCAUUAUCGUUAUCGCUACCCUCGUUCCAUACAACGAUCAUCGACUUUUGAAUGCUGAAUCUAGUGUUGAUGCAACAGCUUCUCCAUUUGUCAUAGCUAUCGUCAACGGAGGCAUCAAAGGGUUGCCUUCUGUGAUUAAUGCAGUCAUUUUGAUUGCUGUGUUGUCUGUUGGUAAUGCAUCCGUUUACGCAUGCUCUCGUUCGCUUAAUUCGCUCGCCGAACAAGGCAUGGCUCCGAAGUGGACUGGAUAUGUUGACAGAGCCGGUCGUCCUCUCGUUGCAAUCAUCGUAACUAACAUUUUCGGACUUUUCGCUUUCAUUGCUGCUUCCGACAAACAGACGGAGGCUUUUAACUGGUUGCUUGCUUUGAGUGGUCUUUCCUCCAUCUUCACUUGGAUGUCCAUCAAUAUGGCCCAUAUUCGUUUCAGAUACGCCAUGAAGGCACAAGGCAGAUCCUUGGACGAAUUGGCCUUUAAGUCUUCCAUUGGAGAGCUUGGAUCGUGGUACGGAUUUCUCAUCAACUUUCUUGUGCUUAUUGCUCAGUUCUGGUUGUCCUUAUUUCCCAUUGGGGCUGCUCCGAAUGCCUCCGAUUUCUUCCAAGGCUACUUGGGUUUUCCGGUCGUUCUCAUCAGUUGGAUCGGGUACAAGAUUUAUUCAAAGAACAUGAGAAUGUACAUUCCUGCUGAUGAGAUUGACGUGGACUCUGGUCGCAGUGUUGUUGACACUGAUCUAAUCAAGCAAGAGGAAGAGGAAGAACAGGCCAGACGUGCCCAAAUGCCGUGGUACAAAUGGAUCAUUGGAUUCAUCUUUUAG